AUGUAUGAAGAUUUGAAGGGGUUAAGAACAAGUAAAAAGUUCGGGGGUAAAUUAAGGAGUUCUGGAAUUGAAAAGAUUGAUCCAGUUUCACAAAUUAAUUUGCAGGCAGUAUUAGAUGGGGUUGAUAUCUUGACUCUGUCAGUAGGACCAGAUGAACCACCAGAAGGCACACUGACUUUCUUGAGCCUGUUUGAGAUAUUCAUGUUAGCUGCACACAAGGCUGGAACGUUUGUUGUUCAAGCAGCUGGGAACCAGGGUCCUUCUCCUUACUCUGUUAUCUCUUAUAGUCCAUGGGCUGUAGGUGUUGCUGCUUGUGACAUUGAUAGAACCUAUCCUGCCACUCUUAUUCUUGGUAACGGUCUCAAAAUUGGGGGUGUAGGAUUAUCAGGACCGACAUUUGGAGGUGGAUUGAUUCAGUAUAAGCUGGUUUUGGCUAAGGAUGCGGUAAAAACAAAUAGCACAUUUUCAAGAAUUUUCAAUGCGGAUGAAUGCCAAUACCCAGAGGCAUUUGACCCUCUUGUUGUGGAAGACAGUGUUGUGAUUUGCACAUUUUCAGCUGGUUUCUAUAAUGGGAAUUCCAGUCUUAUGGGCAUCAUACAUACUGCCAACCUUAUUGGAUUCAAAGCGUUUGUUUUUGUUGCAAAUCCAACUUAUGGAGAUUUCAUAGCGGAGCCUAUUCCUUUUGCUACUCCUGGCAUUAUGAUACCAAAAACUACUGAUACCCAGAAUAUAUUGCAGUACUAUGAAAGAGAAACUGUAAGGGACAAGAAUGGUUUUGUGGUAAGAUAUGGUGGUAGAGCAGCCAUAAGUGAAGGAAGAAUUGCUUCUUACAAGGGUAGAGUUCCUAUAGUUAGUAGAUUUUCGUCAAGGGGUCCUGAUUACAUUGAUCAAAGUAAAAAUCCUACUGAUGUACUUAAGCCUGAUAUUUUGGCUCCUGGACACCAAAUUUGGGCAGCUUGGAGUCCCAUGAGUGUUUUAAAUCCCAUUCUGUCUGGACAUAAUUUUGCCCUAAUGUCUGGUACAAGCAUGGCAACACCUCAUAUUGCUGGAAUAGCUGCACUAAUAAAGCAAUAUAAUCCAUCAUGGACACCAUCAAUGGUAGCUUCAGCAAUGUCAACCACAGCCACCACUUAUGACAAUCUUGGGGACCCCAUUAUGGCUCAUGGAUUUGAUCUCUACACCUUAUACACUUCUGCUCCUUUUGGUUUUGGUGCUGGCCUUGUCAAUCCCUCUCGUGCUCUCCAUCCCGGUCUCAUCUUUUCAGCAGGGUACGAGGAUUACAUCAGUUUCCUGUGUUCUUUACCAAAUAUUGAUAGUGCAAUAGUGAAAAGUGCAACAGGAGGAGUUUGUGGUGAGUUAUUUGAGAAUCCAUCGGACCUAAAUUUGCCUUCGAUUACAAUAACAUCCCUUAAUGGAUCGCGACUAGUACGUCGGACAGUCAUGAAUGUGGGAAGCAAAGCAGAGACGUAUGUUAGUGCAGUGUUGCCACCAAAAGGAGUGAUGGUUGAUAUACAACCAUCUUGGUUUAAAAUAGCUCCACAAGGAACCCAACAUUUGCACAUUACACUCAAUGUCACCCAGCCUCUUGAUGACUUUACUUUUGGUCAAAUUGUUUUAACGGGAUCUUUACAUCACCUCGUCAAGAUGCCACUAUCAAUUUUCCCCAAGAGGCAAUGACUAACGUGAUAGUCGAUCAUAUAGUUAUAUACUCUUAUCUUGUGCCUUUGUAGCUUGCCUCUCAUUGUCGACAUUACCUAUGUACUUUCAAAAAUAAGACAGUGUAUUAAGCCUUUCUAUUACUAGUAUUUUCCAGUUAUUGACCA